AUGGGAAUCCGGAAUGGUGAUGAGGAAAUCAAGCACAUGCAAGUGCCUGUCUGGAUCAGGCUACGCCACCUACCAGUGGAAUUAUGCAAGGAGGAGGGGCUUAGUACGGUAGCUAGUAGCGUGGGUAAGCCAUUGUACCCGGAUGCUAUUACUAAAGCAUGCACGAGACUGAAUUUCGCUCGUGUAUGCGUGAUGCUUGAUAUCAGCUCCAAAUUGCUAAAGCACAUUAUUAUCAUGACUCCGUACAAGGAUGGAGGGGAGUCCCCAUGCAAAAUUGACAUGAAAUAUGAGUGGUUACCACCCAAACACACUACGUGUAUGACAUUAGGCCAUAGCACUAAGAAUUGUGCGGAGAAUAGAGAUGCAAAACCAAUUAAGCCUCCAGUAGCAGUUUAUGUGCCGAAAGUGGGUGCCUCUAGACCGAAUGAUAAGGGACUGGAUACACGCCAGUCCACUAGUACGGAUAAGCACGCUGAGGAUCGAGAUAAACCGGCUACGGCGAUGGGUCCUAGUCGUAAGGAUAAAGGUAAGGUCAUUGUGACUUAUAACGCUUUUGAUGUCUUACACUUGCUUGAUGAUACAGACGCACUUCCCGGGGGUCCUAAUAUAUGA